AUGACGAUCCAGGCCGAGCCGUCGACCAGCACAUUUAUAGGUGUUGGGAUUUCCGUCGCAGGCAACCUGUUGAUUUCGCUGGCCCUGAACCUCCAGAAACUGGCGCACCAAAGACUCGAAAACCGAAGAGCAGCCGACUCGCCGCCAUCGAAAAGGCCAUGCGACAGUCGGCCAUCCGAAUCAACCCAUCUGCUCGAACAGUCCCAGGAUCUCGACAACUCAACACCUGAUCUCGAAUCCUCCUCAACCGUCCACCCCUCCGAUCGAUCUCUAUCGCCCUCAUCUUCGCGCUCUCAGCCUUAUCAACCUAAUGACCUCGCUUACUUAUCUUCUCCGCUAUGGUGGCUUGGUUUCAUUCUCAUGUCCACUGGCGAAUUGGGCAAUUUUGUGUCUUAUGGCUUUGCGCCUGCUAGCGUAGUCGCCCCGUUAGGUACGGUGGCCUUGGUCGGCAAUUGUGUUGCUGCUCCAAUUCUGCUGGGUGAACAGUUCAAAAAGCGCGACUGGCUGGGGAUCGGAUUGGUAAUAAUAGGGACCAUCACCAUCGUUCUCAGUAGUCCUAGGAACUCAGAAGCCCUAUCACCCGACCAACUGACCGUUGCAUUCCGUGGAUUGGGAUUUAUUAUCUACGCCAGUCUCUGUCUACUCGCCAUCCUGCUUCUCAUCUGCCUCUCUAGCACUAAAUGGGCCAACCGCUUCAUCGGGAUCGACGUCGGACUUUGUGCAAUCUCUGGCGGAUUCACUGUCUUAUCGACGAAAGCCUUCAGUUCAUUGCUAAAUGCGCUGUUUCUUGAUUGCUUCAAAUAUCACAUCACCUGGAUCAUGUUAGUGGUGAUGCUGGUGACCGCGAUCUUACAAAUUAUAUUUCUGAAUCGUGCCUUGCAAAGAUUCGAUUCAAAGCACGUAGUACCCGUCCAGUUUGUCAUAUUUACAAUUAUGGCUGUGGUUGGAUCGACUAUACUCUAUGGCGACUUCAGAAAUUUGGGCUCGGCCCAAGUGGGAAACUUCAUCUUUGCUUGUGGUUUUAUCUUCACUGGAGUGUACUGCUUAACUAGAGAGCCACCUGCCUCGGAGAAAGAUGAGACGGCACCUCAGGAGCAAGCAAAGCUCCGCUCGACGGGUCGCCAUACCACACUGACGCCGGUUCCAGAAGAGGAGUCAACUGAAUCGACCAGUGUCGCCGACUUAGUGAUCCAACCAAUAGAUCAAAAUCAGUCUUUCGCGAUGGGCAUUCAAGGAACCGCGAACCAUUUUAAUCAUCUGCCCAACUCCCACAAGAUAUCUAGUCCUUCUUCCUGGAAUUCCGUCCAGUUUUCGUUCAGCUCACCCUCUCGGCCAGCCAUUCGACGCCAACGUUCGCAGCCAAUCUUAUUUCCUAGGGCUUUCGGAACGCCUGGAUAUUAUCUCAUCGCCAGCUCUAUCUCUAGAUCCCACGGAACCUCGCAUGGUUUCGCCGGAUGA